ACUUUUCGACUCUGAACUUUUUUCAGCUUUUUUCAGCUUUUUUAAUUGUUUGUUUUCUUCUUUCUCCUUGCCUUCUUCCUUCUUUGGAAGAGCACGGUAUGAAGUACACGAGAUUGAUACCCUGCUGGUUUUGCUACUAUCUAUUCUACUCUCCACUUCCAAGGACCACUUUCCAUUAUCUCUGUUUUAUCUACGUACUACCUCUACGCAUGUACGUUUACAGUUGCUAUGUGGUGCAGAUUCGGGAAUUCUAUGUAGUUGGACACUAUCUCUAUCUGAUAUAGACUAUAAAAUUCUAGAGUCCAAAGGGUUUCCAGCAGAUCCAGCU